AUGGUCUUCGACUUCCGGCAGUACACCCUGAACCCCGGUGGGCUGCCCACCUACAUGUCGGCGGUGGAGGAACUGGCCCUGCCCAUACGCGAGCGGCAUGGCGUUAAGCUGGCCGGAUGGUUCUACAGCGAUCUGGGCGACCUCAACCAGGUGGUGCAUAUCUGGGCCUUCGACAAUGUGAAGCACCCUGGGGGAGGCCAAGGCAGCGGUGGCCGCUGA